AUGCCUGGAACUAAGAUUACAGAUGAAGACCGCCAGAGGAUCGAUAUAAAGUUCAUCUGCACUUUGUGUAACUUACUGUUGUACAUUCCCUUUCAAACCAUGUGUGGUCACUUGAUGUGUAAAUCCUGCGUCGAAAACUUACUUGAGUAUGAUCAUUUUUAGUGUCUUCUUUCAAUAAAUAUAAGUUCAUUGUUUUUUUUAUUAUCUUUAUUUUAAAAGCAUGUAAGAAAGUAAAAGUUGCUAUGAGUUUAUCAAUAAACAUUACAUCCACGCAAACAUUACUUCCACGCUAUUUCCAUUAGUUGUUAGUAGUGUUACUCUGAGUGUGUAUCCACACCGAGCAAGCUGAAAAGUUUGCCUGACCACGGUGGGAAUCGAACCCGCAACCUUUGAGAUAUUAGUCCAAUGCUCUACCAACUGAGCUAUGAGGUCAAUCGAAAUAUCGCCAACUCGAACCACAAGCGGCCUAAUCUCGCAAGGGUCAGUAUAGACUAAUAUAGUAUAAAUGUAUAUUAUAGUAAUGUAUAUUAUAGUAAAAAUAUGUCAUAAAAUAUAAAUUUUAAAAUGAAAUUGACUUGCCUAUUUGACAGUGUGUGUUCUCCUUUUAUUCCUCCUUUGUUUCCGAGACUUUGUACUCGAUGUUACCAGUAUACAUGAAACAUGAUAAAGGCUAACGAUUUCCGAUCGUCGAUCCGACGGCAUAGCACUUCGAAUCGAAAUUUCUCUGACUCAAAUCGCUUUAUUCUCCAAAAAAAUUCGCCAGCAUGUACAACAGAUGCCGUUCUUCGAAAAUACGGUGAUACUUCGGAGAGAUGUACAAGUUUUGGACCAUAUUUUAACAAUGGAAAUCAAAACCCAUUUUAUAUUGAACUUGCCCAGGCCGAAAAUUACUACGGCGAACGUCUGCGCAACCAGGCCUCCUUACCGUUGAGAUUUACAGGGGGAAGGAUGCCACUAAUAUAUUAACGAUCAUAUUUCGCAUUAAAGUAUCAUAUUCUACCAUGCUUUCCAACAAAGAGCCGCUGUAUAUUUCUUCUUCCUUAAAUUCCUACAAUCUCCGUCGUUUAGUUUUCUUUUCUUCGACAACAUCUCGAGUUUUAUACAGUAUCCGAUCGAAGGAGUUUUUAUUUUGAAUAUCAAAUUUUAAAUAAUGUGAGCAGUCGCUAUCACGGUUGCGAUUGGCUGGCUGUUACCGGAAAUAUCUGUUUCCCCCUGUAAAUCCAAUGGUAAAGGAGACCUGGUUGCGCAGACGUUCGCCGUAGUAAUUUUCGGCCUGGGCAAGUUCAAAAUAAAAUGGGUUUUGAUUUCCAUUGUAAAAAUAUGGUCCAAAACUUGUACAUCUCUCCGAAGUAUCUCCGUAUUUUCGAAGAGCGGCAUCUGUUGUACAUGCUGGCGAUUUUUUUUGGAGAAUAAAGCGAUUUGAGUCAGAGAAUUUUCGAUUCGAAGUGCUAUGCCGUUAGAUCGACGAUCGGAAAUCGUUAGCCUUUAUCAUGUUUCAUGUAUACUAGUAACAUCGAGUACAAAGUCUCGGAAAAUAUUAGUCCAACAAAGGAGGAAUAAAAGGAGAACACACACUGUCAAAUAGGCAAGUCAAUUUCAUUUUAAAAUUUAUAUUUUAUGACAUAUUUUUACUAUAAUAUACAUUACUAUAAUAUACAUUUAUACUAUAUUUAUAGUCUAUACUGACCCUUGCGAGAUUGGGCCGCCUGUGCUCGAACCGACUUGACCUCGUAGCUCAGUUGGUACAACAUUGGACUGAUAUCUAAAAGGUCGCGGGUUCGAUUCCCUCCGUAGUCAGGCAAACUUUUCAGCUUGCUCGGUGUGGAUACACACUCAGGGUAACACCACAAACAUCAUAUUCACCUGAGUAUACAUAACACCAACACAGAAAAAAUUGUUAGUAUAUAUGUACUGUAGCACAUAAACGCUGCGAAAUUUGAAUUUUAUCGCCAGAUUUCUCUAUAAUUAGGUAACCAUACACCAACCACAGCAGUACAGAACAAAAUACUGUAAAUGACCACACACUACAGAAACGGAGGUGGGAUGAAAAAUAUCCUGUUUUUUUCAGGAGUAAAAAUCCAAAGUGUCCCGAAGAUGGUGAAGAAUUGAGUAAAGAAAAAGUGAGUGCUUUUCAUUUGAACAUUUAUGGAAAACUUUAUUACAGCACAAACAUGGAAAAGGCAUACUUCUUUGGAGCAAAUGCUCUUCUUCAGGAGAUUUAAAAGGCUUCGAAGAUCUAGAUGAGACUCGCUGCUUUUUGUAGCAGAGUUACAAAUGCGAAUCAUACCAAUCAAAGUAACGAACGUACCCAUGGCAAAUUAAAGCAUAACCAACCUGGUUUUAUGCCUGCACGCAGGCUAACUGAUUAUAUAAACAAGCGAAAAUAUGAUAUAGCUAUGGUGAUUGUAUUUCUGAGAUGUAAAUGAAGGCAAUACGAGGUCAUGAGCUAGAUGGAAGAAAAUCGCUCAUUAACACCAUUCGGAUCAGCAGUAACAAGUUGGAAUGUGAGACGCAUUUCAUGAAUAUCGUUUUCACCAGUGAUUGGGUGGACGGCACAAUAAAAGUGCCUGGUAACACCUCUGCUGUGCAUCUUCUCCUUGAUAUCACGAAGAUGCUCAGAAAAUAUAUUAAAUGUGUUUUCCAUUGUGGGAUAUGCUCCACUAGACCUGAUCCUAACCAACAUGCAUAAGAACUAUAACUCAUCGAACGUUUAUCCAAUUAUUUGGUUUACCAGACCACAUUGUAGUUGCUGUAUCUCCUAAAGCAAAGGAACAUAAAACCAUAAUUAACUGCAAAAUGAAAUGGGAUGAUAUUUAAGCAGUAUAGAACAAACUGCAAAAUGAAAUGGGAUGAUAUUUAAGCAGUAUAGACUGAUCCUUGAUGUUCGCUUCCUUUUAGGUAUAGUAGUGAGAAAGUGUAGAAUGUAUAUCAUAGUGUAGUGCACAGAAUGGCAGAAAAACGAACUUGUACAGCUGGUGCCAUACUGUUUCAGCCUUUUAAGGACCACGCUGACCGACAUUUACUCUCAUCACCAUGUCCAUUUUUUAUGUAUAUCAAUAUUAAAAAAAAACUAACACGAACAAUGUUCGUGUUUUAAUAAUAUACAUAAAAAAUUUCUCAAUUCUGAUUGGCUAAGAGCAGUGCAAUUUUUUCGUAAAACAAUGCCAAAAAGUGAAAUACAGUGCCAAAAAAUGAAAUACAAGCCCCGUUUACACUACGCUCGAUUUUUGGUACGGCACGGAUAAAAUUGGUAUCCGUACUACUUUUUUGGUUUCAAAAACCUAGCAAAAUUAAGCCCCGUUUACAGUACGCUCGAUUUUUGGUAACGUACCAGUUUUUGGGUUCUUGAACUACCUACAUAGCUAGUCCAAGAACCAAAAAAGUGGUACGGGUACCAAUUUUAUCCGUGCCGUACCAAAAAUUGAGCGUAGUGUAAACGGGGCUACAGUGCCAAAAAGUGAAAUACAGUGCAAAAAGUGAAAAUAAUACAAAUUUCUUUCUGCAUAAUUUUUUCAAGUAUAUUAUUAAUAAUAUAUGAUUGACUGCAGUAUUUAUUUGUAUAGGUAAUAGUAUGGUUUCGAGUGGAAUUGGGAAAAACAUACACUUGUGAGUUUUUCAAAGACUUCAAAUUGCUUUUAAAAACUCACUCGUGCAUGUUUUUCCCAAAUUGCACUCGAAACCAUACUAUUAUACCUAUACAAAUAAAGACUGCAGUCAAUCAUAUCUACUUAGUCCCUUUAGUGUAUAUAUCUAAAUAGGAGAGCGAAAUGUUUUAACUCUUUCAGAUUUUCCGCGAUACUUUUACUAAACGCGAGCUUAAUGCUCUUCACUUGCAUUGUGCGAAUCCUGGUUGUUCUUGGCGUGGCACUUACGAGCAGCUGGAGGUGAGUUGAUGUAUGGUUGGAUAAGAGGGAGAGAAGGAGGGGGUGCCAGCAAAGACAUUAAUUAGAGAGGUUAGGAAGACAUGGAGAGAGCUAACGAAGUAAGGGAUAAAUGAGUGAGGCACGGAGAGGGGGGGGGGGAGGAAUGAAAGAGGGAGAUGAAAGGGAAAGGCCCUGGAUGGAGAAAAGGAAUGAAUUAAGAGACAUUGAGGUUAGGUUGAUAUGCUUACGUCACAUUCCAUAAUGAGUUAUCUUAAAAUUUAAAUUAUUUAUUCAAUCUUUGGGCACGGUUUACCGUAAUUAGGGUGGUUUCAGAUUAGAUUGAAUAAAUAUCUCUCCAAUUAUUACUGAUCAUUCAGAACUCGUAUCAUAUGCCCUUUAACGUAGUGACUACCUCGAAAUAUAGCAGUCGCCGUCCUGGGGCUGUUUCUUUCUGAAUUAUACGGUAGCUAAAUACCAGUGAAAAGCAAUAUACUCAUUUCCUGUAUUAGGGACAUUCUGAGGUUUGUGAACAUGCAUUGAUCAAAUGCGUCCAUUCCCAAUGCCAGAUGAAGUUACAACGCUCGGAUUUGGGCGAACAUUUAAAAAGCGAAUGUGAAUAUCGGCAUUUGAAAUGUGAGUAUUGUGGGCAAGAUGUCGCCUUUGCCUCAAUAAAGGUAAGUAAAAUAAAAGAUCUUAUAGAAAAUUAUGAUUUUAUCUUUAAUCACAAGAUAACUGGCCAAACUGAGGCCAUGUUCACACUAUCUGAGGAUAAACAACUGCCCCGCGACAAUUGAUUGACCCAGGGUACUGAUAUCUUCUGUUCACAAGAGGAAAGCUGGCGUGGGUCUUGCCUAUAAAUAAAUGACGGGGGAAUCUAAAAUAUUCCCACCAACGUGAAACAGUGAAAUGUAAUUUUUGGUUGUGUGUUUGAUGUUAUGUACUCUUAUGUAAUAUGAUGUUUCUAUGUUACUCUGAGUGUGUAUCCACACCGGGCAGGCUGAAAAAUUUACCUGGUCACGGGGGAAUCGAACCCGCGACCUUUAGAACACCAGUCCAAUACUCUGCCAUUUGAGCUACGAGUAGGUGAUAUUUCGGAACUGAGUCUUGUUCCUUCGAUACCAAUGUGUGAUCAUCAUCACAAGAACACAUUGGUAUCGAAGGAACUAGGCUCAGUUCCGAAAUAUCACCUACUCUUGGACUGGUAUCCCAAAGGUCACGGGUUCGAUUCCCACCGUGGUCAGGCAAAUUUUUCAGCCUGCCCGGUGUGAAUACACACUCAGAGUAAUAUCAGUGAAAUAUUGCUAGAAACCAUUCUGGCAAACGCAAGUCGUAUUUUAUAUUAGGAUGCUUACCAAUACAACAUAGUUGAUUGGUAGAUCUGAUCAAAUUUUUUGAGGAGCAUACUACAUUUCUUAGUUUCAAACAUGAUAUCAGCAACAAUUUUAUUUUAAUUUUAUUAGAAUCAUCACUUUUAGUGCUCUAUAAUGUAAGUCUAAUGUGCCCUAUAUGUAAGCUAAGCAACGAUUUAGGUCGCUUUACCACUAAAAUUCAAUUAUCCCAUGCAGACAAAGUUGCCCCGGGGCAGAGUGUUCACAUGAGGAAAAAGCGAGUGUUGCUGUCUACAGAGGCGAGUCACCUUGGUCAAUUCUUAUCCCGGGACAAGAAACAUAUCAUGUGAACAACUCUACUGUUUUAUUAAAGAGCCGAGACUAUUUUUGUCCCGCCACAAUUGCUUGCCCCCUUGCGUGUAGGUUAUAAGAAACAGUUCUUUGCGAAUUCAAAUCGGUUGCGACUACGAUAACAGUAAAACAUUUUUGAUAUGCUACAUCAAUUUGUGUCUACAACAACGGUUGUGUUGUAUAAGAUAUACAAACACGAGCCAAAAUAUAGCUUUUGAGUAGUCGUCUUGAUGAAAACGAUGUGUCAGAUCUACAAGCCCCUUCACAGUCGUGAUUUCUUUUUAUAUUUUCUUCGUAAACUAUUAACGAGAAUUACAUAUCCACAAGUCUCCCUUUGAAGUCAGUUUGACAAACUCGGCAAGUCAAGUCGUGUUAUGUAGUUGGCCUCAAGCCAGUUUACUCAAUUAUGCUCAUUCUUUGUCUAGGAACAUGUUGAUACGAGCUGUGAAGGUGCACCUGUGACUUGCAGAUACUGUAAGAAAGAUGUUUUGAGAAAAGAUAUAGAAAAACACGAGAGACGCGAUUGCGACGAGGUCCCGGCGACUUGCGAGUUUCAAGCUGUAGGGUGCAACCAUGAUAAGGUAAUAAUUUGUUGCUGCAUGUGUGUAGUGUCGGUAUACGUAUAGUGGUCAGUACAUGAAUUUUUCACUUUUGUGACCGGAGCACAAUUCCUGCAAUAGUUGCCAGAUGAUUCUCCCGAUAAUUCUGUUUCCUCUUGUAUUAAUUGAGUUAUAUAGUGCGAGCUGCUCGUGCCAUAGACUAAUUAAGAGUAAACUUUGAGGUAGAACAUUCAUAUAGAGGCGAUUGAUGAUGGUUUACGAUAAAUCGUUGUUCGAUCUACUAGUCACAUCGAGAUAUCAGUUAUCCUUAUAUUCAUCAUUCGCUUCUGUUUGCUCGUUCUGCUCUAUGUUAUAACUAGUGUUCAUGCUUUAUGCAGUGGACUAUUUUAGGCGCCUUGCAUGGGACUUGUCGUCUCGUUGGCAUUAUCCCUUUUGGGCCGUUGAAUAGUUUAUGUUAACGUUAAUUGUGGUCCAAUAAACUUGUUAAAAUUAGAUUAAAAGUUAUAGGGUGUCCCUUCGCCUUAUUGAAGCUCUAGAAAGAACAGUUUAGGACUGAUAGAGCUAUCCAGUAUAAGUAAAGUUAGUUUAGUUCAGUUUUCCGCGAGUAUAAUAACACUAAAAAGUAAAAUUUACCUUAAUUGACCCGCACCACCCGCCUUACCACUCCUCUUUUCUAUAAAAUAAACUUAGUUUAAGUUUCCUCCUGUACUGUUGAACACGUGGCGCUCAACCGAUAAGUGGAAGACCCUUAUACUGGGCCUUUAGGAGGAACAGUUUAGAACUAUCAAGUAGAAAUAGAAUUUUGUUUGCUGUUGUUGUAUCUGAUUUUUAAAAGUACGCGUCCUUGGUUGUAGAGAUGAGCUAUACAACAAAUAAAAUAUACUCAAAAGCAUAGAUGAGCAAGUGCUCAAUAGUCUUCUAUAAAUUCUUAUUCACCAAUCAUCUUUAAUGCAAUUUAUAGACUUUGAAACGAAAGGAAUUACGCCAACAUUUGUUCGAUAAAUUAAUAGAUCAUGUCAGGUUACUAUUGCAGUAUAUUUUGACCAUCGCUUCCCAGCUGAGCAACUAUAUCCCACGUCCGGAAUUUACAGGGAUCAUGCAGAAAAUUCGCGACGACAUCACCGAGGUUCGCUCUGGCUUAGCCGAAAAAUUUGUUAUGGUUGUUGGAAAGUUAACUGGCUUGGAAAGACGGAUUGAAGGUUUGGAGUCAAGUGGUGGGGGUGAUACAGGAAGGAUUAGAAAUGAAUUGCAGGAACUGAAGAGUAAAACUAGAGACCUUACUACUGAAUGCGACAACUUGCGUGAACGGAAUAUGAGUUUAGAGCGAGAAGUGAGAGAUAAGGUCUCAAUUAUUGAUCGUUUGCGAAGUAGGAUGGAUCAAAUGGAUGAGUCUCUUGCUCUGAAUACAGUCAAAAUUACCGAUCUGGAAUCCCAAAGAGGUCCGCGUGCACAACAAGCUAUCCAUAGUUAUAAUGGCACUUUACUGUGGAAGAUUGAAAGCUACCAGAGAAAACGGCAAGAUGCCAUCAAUGGAGUGAAGACGGCCUUGUACAGUCAACCUUUCUACAGCGCUCAGUAUGGUUACAAGAUGUGUGCUAAAAUUUACAUGAAUGGAGAUGGUUUUGGAAAAGGAUCACAUUUGUCGCUGUUUUUUGUUGUGAUGAGAGGUGAGUUGAAUGAUUUGUUUAUAACGAAUUUCUGGUGAAUUUUGUUUCCGGAAAACACAACGAUUAUUUAUUUGUUUAUAGCAAAGAGUUUGACCCGUAAGCCGGGGUAUUCUUCAAUGUAAAUAAGUAGUGAAUAUCGCUUCUAAUGCCUGUUUUCCUUCAAAACUUCUGGGCCAUUUGCAUAAAUGUAAAAAUUAGUCCAAAAAUGGGUGACUGGUGGUUGGUCUGGAGAGCAGUGGUCUAAAACCGUGGAAAUUCAUUCAUUGAAACAUUCUGCAUGAUCACUGGAUUGUGACUGGAUGGCAUUAUAAGUUUAUGCAAAGGGCCCAUUGUAGUAUAUCACAAUUAUCACAAUAAUGUUUAUCACAAAAAUUUAAGGUGACUAUGAUGCUCUUCAAACCUGGCCAUUUCAAAAGAAGAUUACAAUGAUGCUGUUGGAUCAAGGCAAUGGAGAUCACAUGAUUGAUGCGUUUAAUUCAGAUCCUCAAAGUUCUUCGUUUCAACGUCCGAAGUCUGAUAUGAAUAUCGCUUCAGGUUCCCCGCUCUUUAUGCCUCUUGAUAGCUUGAAUAACCGUCAGUACAUCAAGGAUGAUGUCAUGUUUAUUAAGAUUAUCGUCGACUGA